AUGUCUCAACAAGAAAAACGUAAUAACUCAACUGUAGCGUGUACAAAUUGUCGAAAACGACACGGAAAAUGCAAUAAACUUUCUGGAGAAAAGAAAUGUACAAACUGUAAUAAACGAAAUCUGGAUUGUACUUUUAAAAAGGGUAAUAAACGCGGUCCAAAGCCUGCUGCUAAUGCAUAUCAAAAUGUGUCCAUUACCGAUCUUUCUCCCGUCAUUUACGAUGAACGAAUGUCAAAUAAUGAUCAAAACAUCACGUCCUCUCUUAAUUCCUCCCCUAAUUCAUUUUCUGCUAGUGAUUCCUUAUCACAUCCUUAUAGUCAUACUACUACUGUUGCCAAUAUUAACACUUACGAGACUACCGAAACUAUUGAGACUACUGAAAUUUUUCAAAAUACUCAACCCUCGUUAUAUUCUCUAUAUUCUCACAAUGAUCAAAUAAUGCCAAUUAAUGAUCAAAAUAUAUCUUCCUUUUCAACUGACGAUCUAAACGGUUCCUUCUAUCAAGAAACUCCAA